AUGGAGAAAGUGAAUUUCAAAGAGAGGCGUAGUCAGACAAAGUUAUUAGGAGCAGUGAUUGCAGCUGGUGGUGCUAUUCUCAAUUGCCUUUAUAAUGGACCAGCCAUUGCUGGUAGUGUUCUUGUGGAGUAUCCAUCUCCUCUAGCAAUAAUAUUGAUAAUAUCGUUCUUAGGAGCAAUUAUGAAUGUUGGAGUUGCUUUAGGGUUGGAGUUCAAGCAUCCCGCUUCUUGGAUUAUCGGGUGGAAUGGAAUAAUUGUUUCAGGACUGAUGGCAUACAUUAUAAGUGCAUUGACACAAAUAAAAGGACCGGUUUUUGUGGCGGUCUUUAGCCCAACAUCAAUGGUCCUUGUUAUGGUUAUUGGUUUCAUCGCACUAGGAGAGAGCAUUCACGUCGGAAGGUUUUAA